AGCUUAAAUUCAGGUUCAGCCGGCCCAGCCAUCGGAGACCAUCCACUAAUCCACUGCACUAAACCGCACUAAACCCGCUGGGGAGAUGGUGGGAAGAGCGACCGGGACCGGGAUCCAGUUCCUGACUUGCUGGUGCUCCGCUAAGGCCAUUUUAGCCCGGGUUUUAGUGCCCUGCGAUCGUUUGUUCCUUGAGCCUAUCUCGUUGCUUUGCACGCCUUUUCCCCUCUCUCGAUCCAAGACCAUCCAGACUGCCUACGUGCCUACCUGCCUGCUUGCAUUCACCACAAUCAUCAUCACGCAUUCACUUCAUCCUCAAAUUCUUCUGCUCCCCCCUCGCUGGCAUUUCGUUGUUCAGUCAACCUUCUUUGUUGCUUGGCAACCUUCCGUUCAUACCACAGUAACUUCCCCCCAAAAUCCAACGCAUGCCUGCAUGCAUACAUACCGAGAAACUCAAGAUCCGGAUCGCUCUCACUAAACUAAUCCCUCCCUCCCUCCCUCCAUGGAUGGAUGCAUGUGUGGAGAUCAUCUUCCUGUCACUCGGUCCCCUUUCUUGGCCGUGAGGAUCCAACGAUCGACUCGUCACACUUUCUCCUCACACUUUUUCUCUUUCGCUCCCCUCACGUCUUGACUUGACCUCUUUUUUUUUUUUUUUUCGCUUCCUUCUUUGUUCUUCCCGUCCGAACUUACACUUCCUCCACUUCUGCCUCCCCUCCUCGCCG